UGUUUGGUGUGUCGUAUAUAUAUAUUUCUGUUCAUGCCACUUGUCUCCGUGGAAAUAAAUAAGUAUAAGUAUAAGUGCAUAAUACGCGAACAGAGAAAAGAAAGAGAUUAGAAAAAAAAAAAAAAAAGAAGGAGGAGGAGAUUGGCAAAAGUGUAAAAAUUUAACGAUUUGGUGAAAGAAAGUAGCGGCAGGUUUCAAGAAUAAUUUUCAUAAAGAGUUUCGUCUAGUUGAGAAAGUUCAAUUUCGUGUCGAAACAAUAAACAACUGAAAGGAGCAGAGAGGGAGAGAGAAAGAAAGGGAGAGAAAGAGAGAGAGAGAGAGAGAGAGAGAGAGAAAGAAAGAGAGAAAGAGAGGGAGAGAGAGAGAGAGAUGAAGAGAAGAAAAACCGAUGAUGAAAUCCGUGAAGAGAUGGAAAAACGUCGACACAACGAAUACGAAUUGGCCGAAUGCCAAGUGGACGAAAUGACGGGCUACGAGAAAGGGACGGAGAGAUCCGUGAAACUGAUCUCUGGCGAGAGCAUCGAGGAAACGAACAACGACGGUGGAUCGAUGGGAUUGUUGGAGACGGACGGCGGGGACGUGGUACUUUUUCGUCAGGAGACACAACAACAGAAGCAACAACAACAACAACAACAACAACAACAACAACAACAACAACAACAGCAACGGCAACGCCACCAACUUUACCAACUACCUUACGAAAAGCAUGGAAGCGAAGAGGGCGGGGACAUGGUGGGCGUGCUGGAGGCGGGACAACAGGAAAUUGAAAAUGGCGCGGUCGGCGAGGCGAGUGACGCCGAACCGGUAGAAAUCCCCGUCUCACCGGAACAAGGAAACGACGUAGACGACGCUUACGGCGUGCACUCGCUCGGCUUUAACGCUCAGGACCCUCUGGUUCGAGAAAGGGGUUAUCUCGAUCAGGACUCGUACGGGGGCGGCGAUUUAGGCGGCGAUUCCUCGAAGCAGGAGGAGCAGCAGUUGCAGCAACAGCAGCAACAGAUCUCUCAACCUCUCCACCACCAUCAUCACCAACAACAGCAGCGUCAGCAAUCGCACCACCACCACCAUCACCACCACCACCAGCAGCAGCACCACCAUCACCACCAACAGCAUCAGCAGCAGCAGCACUACCACCGCCAUCAGCACAGCGACCAUCACCAACACGACCAACAGCACCAUCAGUCCGAGUACGUUCAACUGGGGGCGAGAGAAGUAUCGGGUGGCGAGGGUGGGGAUAACGAAGCGCCGAGCGAGGUCCCCGUAUUGCCGGAGGAAAAUCGGGCCGGCAGUCACGCGGCUUGCUCCACGAUGCAUCGUUACGGUACUGAAGCGCUCUCGCCGGCAGCGGCCGAUCAUCACAACAACAACCACCACCACCACCACCACAACCACCACCACCACCACCACCACCACCACCACCACAGUAACAACCAUCACCACCACCAUCAACAGCACCAUCACCAGCAUCUACAGUCGACGGACACGGCCCAACAACACGGCGCGCUCUCCUCGGCGAGCCAUCGCCACUUGGACGAGCAGGAGGCGCAGCCGCAGUCACAGUCGCAUCAAAAACCGGACGAGGACGUCGUGGAGCGAGCGAGUGGAAUCGCGGUAGCGAUGAGCGGCGCACGCGGCGACUUCAACCUCGGCAUGCUGUUUCCGAAUCUGGCCACCACUGGCGCGGCCGGUUCCCCAGCAGAGAUAGGUGGAAACGAUGGCCAGCAGCAGCAACAGCAGCACAAUCGCCAUCACCAGCAGCAGCAGCAGCAUCAUCAUCACAAUCAUCAUCACUUGGAGGAAGUUUUGCCGGAUACGGCGUAUCUUCAGCAUCAGAUGCGCGGCGGAGGUGGCAACGGAGGAGGUGGCGGUAAUGGCAACAAUGGAGGAGGUGGCGGAGGAGGUGGCAGCGGCGCGGAGGGCAGCGGUGGAAGCGGCAGUGGAGGAGGAGGAGGAGGAGGCGGAUGCUCACCGGCGCUUCGAACCGGUAGCUCACCGGGUUCCAGUCGUAGCCCGCACGAGGAUCAAGAGCUCUCGUCUCCUCAUCGCCAGGGGCAGGCAGAGGGAGGAUACAGCCCGAGCGAGCAAGGGAGACAGUCGUACGCCCAUUUGACAGCUAUGCAGCCACCUUCCUCGGUACAGUCGAACCACGGCCUUGGCCAGGAUACCGACCGAGUCUCCGAUCAGAUUUACAUGGACUCGAUAUACGCUCAUCACACUGUCGGCACGCCUCAUCAUCAUCAGGAACACGAGCCAGGAUCGUCGACUCCUCACUCGCCCAGCGGACCGCUUACAAGUUCGUUAUAUCGUUCGAUAAGCGAUGUCAGUAGUAUGACGGCGGCCAGCGCGGCAGGAACAGGAGGUACUUACGGCCUUCCUUACAUGACCGGCAGCCCAACAGAAUUGACCGCCUCGCCCCAGCAAUUGUGGAACGCUCAAGGUCUGGGGACAGGACUUCCCGCCAUCUCGGAGGAUUACGGCGCUGGCAGCAAGUCGACAGGCACGGUGACGCAUCAGGCGUUGCCAGGAUUUUCGCAACCGUUCUGCGGCAGGGCGAGCUUUCGAGGAUACAGCCCGUCUUAUCCGACGCAGCAAAGCAACGCCGGGGUCGGGGCUGGGACUGUGGAGCCCUCGUCGUGGAAUUAUGGCUCGCCUUCGAACGACACCCUGGCCACCCAAUACGCCGCCCCUUCGAGGCGGCAACCCGUUAACCCUCCGUCGACACCCGCGCAGCAUCAGCUCACAGCCACUGCUAGUCUUAGCGCGAUGCACAACAUCGAGGCGGAAUACUUUACGGAGGGCCGCGAGUGUGUAAAUUGCGGCGCAAUUUCCACUCCGUUAUGGCGACGAGACGGUACGGGCCACUACCUGUGCAACGCGUGCGGUCUUUACCACAAGAUGAAUGGAAUGAACCGACCUUUGGUGAAGCAGCCACGGCGAUUGUCGGCUUCAAGACGAGUAGGCACUUCUUGCAGUAAUUGUCAAACGACGAUGACGUCGUUAUGGCGUCGAAACACGUUGGGCGAGCCUGUUUGCAACGCGUGCGGCCUUUAUUUCAAGUUGCACGGAGUGAACAGGCCUCACACCAUGAAGAAGGACAGCAUUCAGACGCGGAAGAGGAAACCGAAGGGUGGGAUGAAGUCUAGCGACACGCCGAUCGCCGGCAACGUGGCCGGAGUGAGCAAUAACAGCACGACCAUCACGGCGGCCAACAACAACAACAACAACAACAACAACAACAACAACAAUAACAAUAACAACAACAACAAUAGCUUAAAAUUAGAACCUGGUACGAAUUCGAACGGGAUCGACACGUACGGCGAGUUAAGGAUGAGCCACGCAGGGAUGCCUCAAGUGAGCUACGGAAGCAGCCUUUACGGAAGCCCACAAUCGGCGACCCAGAUCGUCUCCUAUCAGUCGGCGCCCUCUGGAAUGUACUACGAUAUGAUCGUGUCUCAACAGCAACAGCAACAGCAACAACAGCAACAACAACAGCAACAGCAACAACACCCGCACCAUCAACACCCGCAACUCCUCGAGACCCACUCGCCCAAGGUCGAGUGCCCGUCACCGCCGUGCGCGAAUCGAUCACCCGUCAUGAUAUCGGCGAGCCAUUCGCCCGAUCAUCAUCAACUCCCGUCACCGCACAUCGUCACGCUUGGAAACUCGUCGCCGAGCACGGCCGCCACGAAAAUCAUUCUCGACAACGGCCACCUCGACAGACCGUCCGUCGUAUCGCGAGACCGACUCCUGUCGACGACAAAAUUGAAGUCGUCCGUCGACGGGAAAAUUCGUUGUUAACGAGUGAAUACAAAUAAGUACAAAAAAGAAAAAAGAAAAAAAAAAGAAACGCGUUACUUCUCUCUUCGUUCUUUCAACGAUUUUUCGAUUCGACGCUUUGAAAGAGGAGGAAGAAUGUAUGUUUUGUUUCUUUUGCGUUUUUCUUUUUUCAAAGCGUCGUCGAAUUAUUGAGGGAGAGAGAGAGAGAGAGAGAAGUACGAGGAAUGAAAAAAGGAGAAGAAAUUUUUUUUUUCUCUUUCAUUCUUAAAAUUAAGCGACGAUUCAAUUCAAUUUAUCAACUCUAUGUAUGUAUGAUGAUCUUUUUCUUCUUUUUAUUCUUUCUUCUCUUUGCGUCAUUCUUCUCGCGCGCGUUUGUCCCUCGAAGAACAAGGGGACAAGCAGAAAAGGUAUAAAUAAUGAUGUAAAUGGUGAAUAUAUAUAUAUAUAUAAUAUAUAAUGUAUAAUAUAUAUGUAUAUAUAUAAGGAUAAAGUAGCGAGGAUGAACCUUGCUAAGAAACGAAAUGAAAAGACUGGACCCUCCUGUACGUUCGACGAACGGGACUGAUAAAGGGGAGGAUAAUACCAGAGGUUUUUUUUUUUUUUUUUUAAGUAUCGAUUAUAUUCAUGAUUUUGCGAAAAAAAAAAAAGGAAGGAAAAGAAAAAAAAAAAAGAAACUCGUUGUAAAUAGUUUUGAAAAAAAGUGUGCAUGCAGCGUGAGCAAAAUACGACGUACGUGGGGUACGAACCUUGUUUUUAAGAAAGAUUCGGUUGUUUAUUUUUACGCGCACGUUUUCAAUUAGAGCGGCGUUCGAUGAAUGAAAUUGUCCAAACGAUAUUCGAUAUUCCGGCCGCUUAUUAUUCUUCCGUUGCUUGUAAAUAGACAGUGUAAUGUUAAUUAUUAAAAGAAAAAAAAAAAAAGAAGAAAAGGAAAAAGGAAAAAAAAAAAAAAAAAAAA